AUGAACAUCGGUGGAGGAAGAUUCUUACUUGGAAGGGUGUCGAAUAAUCCAACUUCUGGGAUAGUUGGCCUUGCAAACGUUGGUAAAUCCACAUUUUUCCAAGCAAUAACAAACUCRAAAUUGGGUAAUCCAGCUAAUUAUCCAUUCGCCACUAUUGACCCAGAAUGUGCAAAAGUUAACAUACCUAGCACGCCAUUAUCUGAUUUAUUGAGAAUAUAUCAGAGUGCAAAAAUCGUGCCCGGAACUUUGACAAUAUAUGACAUUGCCGGACUCACUAGAGGUGCCUCCCAAGGCCAUGGUUUGGGAAACAAGUUUUUAAAUGAUAUUAGACAUGUAGAUGGGAUAUUUCAAGUGGUAAGAGGGUUUUUAAAGGAAGAUAUUACACAUAUAGAAGGCAAUGUAGACCCGGUCAGAGAUUUAUCAGUUGUACAAGAUGAGCUGAUCUUGAAAGAUUUGGAAUUUUUGGAAAAUAUCAGGGAAAGGCUCAGUAAGAAGAUGCGAAUGGUUUCAAAGAAUUCUAAAGAAUACCAAGAAAUGAAAGUGGAGACGGAAUUAUUGGAUGCAUUAGAAGAGCAUUUAUUUAAUGGUAAGAAAAUCCGACAUUUUAAGGACCAUUGGAACCUGGACGAGGUCAAAAUUCUAAAUAAACAUAAUUUUCUAACGUCCAAACCAACGUUGAUUUUGUUAAACGUAUCACCUCAAGAUUAUCUUAGGAAAGAAAAUAAAUUUGUCAAAGAUAUUUUGAAAUGGGUUAACGAAUUUUCGCCUGGUGACAAACUGGUUCUUUUCAGUGCAGAAUUUGAAUCGCAAUUAAUUGAAUGUAAAGACACGCUAUCAGAAUACUUUGACAAAAUCAGGCAAGAUACGAGCAUCUCUGAUGAACAACUAGUGUCUGCAAUACCACGAAUAAUUCUAGAAAUGAGAAAUUUGUUGAAUUUGAUUAGUUUUUUCACAUGUGGCCCACAAGAAGUCCAUCAAUGGAACAUUAGAGAGGGGACCACUGCUCAGGAGGCAGCAGGCGUUAUCCACAGUGAUUUGCGUGAUACGUUUAUCAAUGCUGAUGUGAUAAAAUAUGAUGAUUUGAAGACGAUGGAGCCACCAUUAAACGAAUCUUUACUGAAAUCGAAAGGCUUGGUCAAACGUGCGGGGAAGCAAUAUAUCAUGCAGGAUAACGAUGUUGCCUUCUUCAAAGCCGCCGGUGGUAAGACGAGAUAG